AUGACGCGAUCGUUCGGCCCAUCCAAGCGCGCCUUAAAAUACAGUGGCUAUAGCGCCUUAACAGAAGUGAACGACAUUGUAGAUGAUGACAUCUAUGACUCUGAGACCAAUCCAAAUGGCAUUGUCAACCUCGGAACGACCAUGAACCCCCUCAUGUUGGACAUGCUUACGGAGUUCACCGAGAGUUAUAGAGUUGACCCCAAACUAGCAAACCAUUACAAUUUCUCUACCGGAUCGCCCGAGCUACGAACGACGGUCGCAGAUCUCAUAAAUAGACACUUUUCGCCCUCGAAACUGGUCGACCAACGGAAUGUGAUUUGCUCAAAUGGCCUCAAUGGCCUGAUCAACUCCCUGAUUUACACUCUUCUCGAUGAAAAUGAGACCGUACUCAUGCCAACUCCAGCAUAUGGUAUGUUAGCAGAUGUUUCACAGAAACGAAAUGAAGUGAAAUGUGUCUUCGCCGAUGUUGAGGAUAUCGAUCAAUUCAGCGCUUCUGCCAUCGAUGAUCUAUUGGCUACAUUUUCAUCCUCUAUCGAUGAAGCGCAGGCGCAGGGGAAUCCGGUCAGAGUGAUUAUGAUGUGCAAUCCACAUAACCCAGUCGGAAGAUGCUACGAUACGGAUGUCAUGAGAGCGAUACUGCGAUUUUGUCAUCAGCGUGGAUUGCAUUUGGUCGUGGAUGAGAUCUAUGCGCUAUCGGCGUUCGGGGAAUCAUUCAAAAGCGCAUUGAGCUUGGAUGAGAUGCCAACAGACAACGUGCAUGUCUUGUACGGGAUAAGCAAGGACUUUGGUUUCAACGGACUUCGAAUGGGCUUCAUGAUUUCAUACAACGAGCAUGUUCUAACCACACUCAAGCGAGCCGUUGGUCGCCUUACUCGCUUCUCCUAUUUGUCUGAAAAUUUCUUUAUUUCAUUCCUGUCGGACCAUGCCUUCAUUGACGACGUAUACAUCCCCACACUUCGUCAACGCUUGAUCGCCACACGGACAAAGGCCAUCAAAUUUCUCACAGAGUACAAAAUUCCGUAUGUUCCAUCAACUGCUGGUUUCUACUUAUGGAUUGAUCUGAGUCGCUGGACGAACAUGUUCAGCGAACGCGAUUCAGAGUCGCCAGAUAUUCAAUUGGCGCGGCAUAUGAUUAAAUAUGGAGUGUUCAUGCAGCCAAAUAAAGCAUUCAUAUCAAAGGAGAAAAGUCGGUUUCGCAUUGGAUUUAGUCGUGAUGAAGUGACUUUGAGGGAGGGUAUAGAGCGGUUGCAGAGGGCACUGGGAGAGGUGGAAAGAAAGCAAUUCAAGAUGUGA